CGGCCUCCCUAGCGGCGCGCUGGGGAUCCCCCUGUCCGCGCCCGACCCCCAGAGCUCUCCGCGACGGCCGCCGCCCCCCAGUCCUCCGCUGCUGUCCCCGGGGGCCAGAGCGGACAUGGCCUCGGCCGCGGUGACGGCAGCACGACGUGGGCUUGGCCGGGCUCCCCGUCUCCUGCUCUGGCGCGGCUACCAGACCGAGCGCGGCGUCUACGGCUACCGGCCGAGGAAGCCCGAGGGCCGGGAGCCCCGGGCCAGCCCGGCGCGCCCCCCAGUUGAUCACGGCCUUGCCAGGUUGGUGACAGCGUAUUGUGAGCAUGGUCACAAAGCGGCCAAGAUCAACCCGCUCUUGGCCGGACAAGCCCUGCUGGAGAAUGUACCUGAAAUCCAAGCCCUGGUGCAGACCCUGCAGGGACCCUUCAGCACCGCAGGAUUAUUGAACAUGGGGAAGGAAGAGGCCUCGCUUGAGGAAGUAUUAGCCUAUCUCAACGAAAUCUACUGUGGGCAGAUCUCUAUUGAAACCUCCCAACUUCAGAGCCAGGAGGAGAAAGAUUGGUUUGCCAGGCGGUUUGAGGAACUGAAAAAGGAGACAUUUACCACGGAGGAACGAAAAUAUCUGUCAAAGCUAAUGCUAGAGUCUCAGGAGUUUGACCACUUUUUGGCCACCAAGUUUGCCACAGUGAAGCGAUACGGAGGGGAAGGGGCUGAAAGCAUGAUGGGCUUUUUCCACGAGCUGCUGAAGAUGUCGGCCUAUGCUGGGAUCACCGAUGUCGUCAUCGGGAUGCCCCACAGAGGCAGGCUGAAUUUGCUGACAGGCCUUCUGCAGUUCCCUCCAGAGCUGAUGUUCCGCAAAAUGCGAGGCUUAAGCGAAUUUCCGGAGAAUUUCUCAGCCGCUGGAGAUGUCCUGUCUCACCUGACCUCCUCCGUGGACCUGGACUUCGGCGCGCACCAUCCGCUCCACGUGACGAUGCUACCCAACCCCUCACACCUGGAAGCUGUGAACCCCGUGGCCGUGGGGAAGACCCGUGGCCGGCAGCAGUCUCGACAGGACGGGGACUACUCUCCCGACAGCUCGGCGCAGCCUGGGGACAAAGUCAUUUGCCUGCAGGUUCAUGGAGAUGCUUCUUUCUGCGGUCAAGGGAUUGUUCCAGAAACAUUCACGCUAUCCAAUCUCCCACAUUUCAGAAUUGGUGGGAGUGUCCAUCUGAUCGUCAAUAACCAGCUGGGUUAUACCACCCCAGCAGAAAGAGGAAGGUCUUCUUUGUACUGCAGUGAUAUUGGGAAGCUUGUGGGCUGUGCCAUCAUCCAUGUCAAUGGAGAUAGCCCAGAGGAAGUGGUCCGUGCAGCACGACUGGCUUUCGAAUACCAGCGCCGAUUCCGCAAGGAUGUGAUUGUUGAUUUGUUCUGCUACAGGCAGUGGGGCCACAAUGAGCUGGAUGAGCCUUUCUUCACCAACCCAGUCAUGUACAAAAUCAUCAGAGCCCGAAAGAGCAUCCCAGACACAUACGCAGAACACCUUACUGCCAGUGGACUCAUGGCCCAGGAGGAGGUGUCUGAAAUAAAAUCCUCCUACUAUGCCAAGUUAAAUAACCACUUAACCAACGUGACCCACUACAGCCCCCCUGCCACCAACCUGCAAGCUCACUGGAGGGACCUGGUUCAGCCGGAAGCGCGGGUCACCACCUGGAACACAGGUGUGCCCCUCGACCUGCUGCGGUUUAUUGGGGCAAAGUCCGUGGAGGUGCCGGAGGAGCUUCAGGUGCACAGUCACCUCCUAAAGAUGUAUGUUCAGUCUAGGAUGGAGAAAAUGACAGAGGGGACAAAGUUGGACUGGGCCACGGCUGAAGCUCUUGCCUUGGGCUCCUUACUUGCUGAAGGUUUUAACAUCCGGCUGAGUGGCCAAGACGUUGGCCGUGGAACUUUUAGUCAAAGGCAUGCAAUGGUGGUUUGCCAGGAGACUGAUGACACCUACCUCCCUCUGAACCACAUGGAUCCUGAUCAGAAGGGGUUUCUAGAGGUCAGCAACAGCCCCCUGUCGGAAGAGGCCGUGCUGGGAUUUGAGUAUGGAAUGAGCAUUGAAAGCCCAAAGUUGCUGCCCAUCUGGGAGGCUCAGUUUGGUGAUUUCUUCAAUGGCGCCCAGAUCGUCUUUGACACAUUCAUCUCUGGAGGGGAGGCCAAGUGGCUCCUACAGAGUGGCAUUGUCAUUCUCCUCCCACAUGGCUACGAUGGGGCAGGACCGGAUCAUUCAUCUUGUCGCAUAGAGCGUUUCUUGCAGAUGUGUGACAGCAGAGAGGAGGGGGUGGACGGAGACACCGUGAACAUGUUCGUGGUUCACCCCACGACCCCCGCGCAGUAUUUCCACUUGCUCAGAAGACAGAUGGUCCGGAACUUCAGAAAACCCCUCAUUGUCGCUUCUCCGAAGAUGUUACUCAGGCUCCCUGCGGCUGUGUCAGCUCUUCAGGAAAUGGCACCGGGAACGACAUUCAAGCCGGUCAUUGGUGAUUCAUCUGUGGAUCCAAACAAUGUUAAGACCCUCGUGUUCUGCUCCGGCAAACAUUUCUACGCCCUGGCAAAGCAGAGGGAAUCUCUGGGGGCCAAGAAGGGCGACUUUGCCAUCAUCCGAAUAGAGGAACUCUGCCCUUUCCCGCUGGAUUCUUUGCAGCAAGAGAUGAGCAAGUACAAACACGUUAAAGAUCUUGUCUGGAGUCAGGAGGAACCUCAGAACAUGGGUCCAUGGUCUUUUGUUUCUCCAAGGUUUGAAAAGCAACUGGCCUGCAAGCUCCGCCUCGUGAGCCGUCCCCCUUUGGCCGUACCCGCAGUGGGAAUUGGCACAGUUCACCUGCAGCAGCAUGAAGAUGUCCUCACCAAGACCUUCGCCUGAUGACAACUCUUGGAGAAAUACUACUUCCUUUUAAGAAAACUAUCAUAAAAGGAAAAGCCUACUUCCUCUAUUCUUUCUUUCCAUUGGGUGACAUGAAAAGACUGUCUUCCUCUAAGAUGUUGGAAUGGGUGUGAACAACUUAAUCUGGAUUAGUUGAAAUAAUCAGGGUAAUGGGUU